AGGCGCACACAGCGCGCACUCGCAUCACACCCCGCGUUUCGUCACCCCCGCGAUCGCCAUGGAGCCCGUCUUCCCGGAGGCGCUGAAAACCCUCAAGGACGCGGACCCGGAAAUCUACCAGCUCGUGCAGAAGGAGAAGCUCCGUCAGAUCCGAGGGAUCGAGCUCAUCGCGUCCGAAAACUUCACGUCCGCGCCCGUGAUGGAAGCCCUCGGGUCGUGCCUCACGAACAAGUACAGCGAAGGCCUCCCCGGGGCGCGGUACUACGGCGGAAACGAGAACAUCGACCAGGUGGAGAGGCUCUGCCAAGACCGCGCGCUCGCCGCGUUCCGCCUCGACAAGUCCAAGUGGGGGGUCAACGUCCAACCGUACAGCGGCUCCCCCGCGAACAUGGCAGUGUACACCGCGCUCCUCGUCCCGCACGACAGGAUCAUGGGUCUGGACCUCCCCUCGGGCGGCCACCUCACGCACGGGUACUACACCGCGGGCGGGAAGAAGAUCUCCGCGACGUCCAUCUUCUUCGAGUCCCUCCCGUACAAGGUGAACUACUCCACAGGGUACAUCGACUACGACAAGCUCGAGGAGAAGGCGAUGGACUUCCGCCCGAAGAUGCUCAUCUGCGGCGGGAGCGCGUACCCGCGCGAUUGGGACUACAAGCGCUUCCGCGAUAUCGCCGACAAGUGCGGCGCGAUGCUCAUGAUGGACAUGGCCCACAUCUCAGGUUUAGUCGCCGCGGAGGAGCAAGCGAGCCCUUUCGAAUACGCCGACAUCGUCACGACGACGACGCACAAGUCCCUCCGCGGUCCGCGCGCGGGGAUGAUCUUCUUCCGCCGCGGUCCGCGCCCCUCGAAGCGAGGCGAGCCGGAGGGGCAGACGUACGACUACGAGAGCAAGAUCAACAUGGCGGUGUUUCCGGCGCUGCAAGGCGGCCCGCACAACCACCAGAUCGGCGCGCUCGCGGUGGCUCUGAAAUACGCCACCGGGCCGGUGUUCAAGGCGUAUCAAGCGCAGGUCAAGGCGAACGCGGCGGCGCUCGCGAACGCGCUCAUGUCGCGCGGGUAUAAGCUCGUGACGGACGGCACGGAGAAUCAUCUGGUGCUGUGGGAUCUCCGCCCCAACGGCCUCACCGGGUCGAAGAUGGAGACCAUCUGCGAUAUGCUGCACAUCACGCUCAACAAAAACGCGGUGUACGGCGACGCGAGCGCGCUCACGCCCGGGGGAUGCCGGAUCGGCGCGCCCGCGAUGACGUCGAGAGGGUUGAAAGAAGCGGACUUCGUGACCAUCGCGGAUUUCCUCCACGAAGCCGUCGAGCUCGCGCUGGAGGUGCAGUCGUCGCACGGGAAGAUGCUGAAAGACUGGAAGAUGGGCCUGGAAGGGAACCCGAAGGUGGACGAGCUUCGGGCGCGGGUGGAGGCGUUCGCGGAGGGAUUCGACAUGCCCGGGUUCACGCGCGGGGACGUGGACAUGUGAGGAGUCAGGAGGUUCUUUUGGCUACUGUAGUCCGCGGAUGCCUCGCCGAUAGGGGACGGGACGCUCCGCUCGCUCCCUGUGAUUCGUUUUCCGCCGCGACGCGCGAGAGGCGGUCGACGCAAACCUCCCUCGAUCACUCACAUUACUGUUUAUACGUAUGAAUUGAUUCCCCCCAACUAAGUCGCUCGACUACCU